AAUGCUACUUUCAGGGCCUGAGCAAGUGCUCGGCACUUAAGAGCACUGGCUGCUCUCGCAGAGACCAGGUCUGUAUUCCCAGGACUCACAUAGCAGCUCACAACCAUCUGUGAGUCGAGUUUCAGGGGAUCCAUUACUCUCACCUGCCCAUAGAGAACCUGAGGUGAGCAUGUGGGUCAUUCUAAUACAGGCACACAAACACUCCUACGUAACAUAUCAUCCAAGUAAGUAAGUUAACACAGUUCAUGUAUUUGUCAGCUGGAGAGAUGGCUCAGUGGUGAAGAGCACUGACUGCUCUUCCAGAGGUCCUGUGUUCAAUUCCCAGCAACCACAGGGUGGCUCACAGCCAUCUGUCAUGGGAUCCAAUGCCCUCUUCUGGUGUGUCUGAAGACAGCUACUGUGUCCUCAUAUUAGUAAAAUAAGUAAAUCUUUAAAAACUAUAUAUUUGUCUAACUUUAGUUAAAUUUUGGAUUUCUCUCCCCAACACCAACUUUUUUUUUUCUGGAGCUGGGGACCGAACCCAGGGCCUUGUGCUUGCUAGGCAAGCGCUCUAAAUCCCACUGAGCUAAAUCCCCAACCCCUAGCAUCUACUUUUAAAAAGAAAAAAAAAAUCGACUUUAAGCUGAAGUUAAGUGAUAGCUCCAUCUAACUGGUACGUAGCAUAUUACAUUGCCUUAGCACCAUCCGUUUUCCUAAAAGAAGCAAUGGGUUCAUUACUGUGGCUGGAUUCCUAGUGCUGGUGCAGUUGUAAAGUGAACUGUUGGGGCAAUCACCGUGCUCUGUUGCCUACAAUGAAAAGCAAGAAUAGAAAUGCAGAAACCUUGUAUCUGCUGACACCAUUGACUCCCAGGCACCUUCCCACACACCAAAUCAUACAGGAAACUGAUACCUCACAGUCAAGACUGUGACGGGUCACGUGUGGUUUAUGUCCCAGAGUACGAUCAGGCAGCGUGCUUGAAGUUGACAAAAGUAUAAGCUUUUAAUCGUUCAACCUGCUACUAGUUUUAACUCAACUCUUCCUUACAGAUGGUAUAGGUUUUUAACUAUAUCUGAAAACUUAGAAGUCAAUAAUCCUUUUAGUUUCUGACCCUGGAGUCGAAAAACCUGCCUGGGACUGAUAAGGGGCAGGCCAUACGGAGCCCGUUUUCAGAGCCAGCAAUAAAGUAGAACAUUAUAAAACCAUGUGAAUAUGAUCCACAUUUAAACAACAUAUGAAUUCCUGUUAUAUUAAACCCAGUGACCAGGAAAACCAGAGGUGAAUCCUGAGCACAGGCAGAAGGAAUAAGAAACAGCAUUUCUUCAUGCCUUCAAGAACAGUCAGAAACCAGUGAGCAAUGGCUAUGUGCAUUCAUACACAGAAGACAGACGACAAAACGUACAGGCGUGGAAGUCAGAGUCCUCCAUAUUUUGGAGAGGAGCUGGUUCUGCCCCGAUGCAGUGGAAAGACAAGGCAGUGUGGCAGUACCCAGUUCCCAUGUGGGGCCCCAGGCUUUACAGAAGCUCCCCAUCAGGUCUCAAGCUUUAUUUGUGAACUCUUUACCCCACCCCACCCCACCCCUUCACCCAUACUUGUGUUCUAAGAUGUGAAGUUUUCAGCAAUCUGGCCUGCUUGCAAACAGCAGCUGGAGGUGGAGCUAGGCACACUCAGCAGAGCCUGCAUCUGGAGCCCCGGGUGUGACUGUGCCUUAAAGCCCCGAGUCAGAACGUACAAACAUAGAUCAGAUACAUAAGAGAUGACAAGGACCUGUAACCAUUGGACUUCUCUGCUUCAGCGGUCCAUCAGUCCCUCUUAUCUAAUUGUGUAGCCCUCCAAGUCCUAACACACAAAGAUGCAUCAGGCAUUACCCUAAGACACAAAGGAGACAUGACAACAGAGACAACUGUAACAAUUCAAUUGGUGUCAAACAGAGGUUUUGCCUGUCUGACUAGGAGAUUUAAUGGACAGGAGUCUGUUUCAGAGGCUUCCUUGCAUAAUCCCUAGAGUGACAGGCAUCCAGGGGAAUUCUCGGCUUCAUUGUGCAGCUAAGCUCUGGAACACUGCUGACCGUGACAGGUCCUUGGCCACUCUGAGUGCUACCUCCCAGUAUCAUCACCAGAGGAUGUCUGCAGGGUUUCUGUAUGUUUAUCCUUGGUUUUGCCAAAAUAGUAAUAAUAGUAAUAAUCAAAAUAAUAAUAGUAAUAGUAAUAGUAAAGAACUCAACCAUUUCUAGCCAAAUUGAAAGCCAGUGGAUCAAUAUCCUGAGAGGACCUCACAGGCUCCCUGUAUGGAAUCUUCUGAGGGGAAAGAAGACAUGACUCUUGAUUUCAUCCACUGGCCAGAGCUGAGGAAACCCAGGACUAAUGAUUGGCACCAAAGCUGAACAAGAAGUCUUUACAGUUGUGUCAGGGGUACACUGUGUGAAGGUGUGUCUCUAUAUAUUCAAUUGUUGAGGGAUGAACCAGCGACACACUAAGUACUAGCCAGAGAACUGAGUACUAGCCAGAGAACUGAGUACUAGCCAGAGAACUGAGUACUAGCCAGAGAUCUGAGUACUAGGCAGAGAACUGAGUACUAGCCAGAGAACUGAGUACUAGCUAGAGAACUGAGUACUAGCCAGAUCUUGGCAGUCUUAUUUCUGUGGCCCAUCAGAGGUCUUAUAGUUUGUAAAUAUUCGUCCUUCUUCAUUUGCCUAUUGGCUGUAAUAAAGAGCUGUCUGUCAGCAGCUGGGCAGGAAGUGGAGGGCAGAACUUCCGGGAGAAGGUCUCCGGAAGAAGAAAGAAAGGGCGCCAAAGUUGCCUGGGGACUAGGAGAUGAAAGACGGACCUGAACCGGAGCAGAGAGGUAGAGCUAGCCACUUGGUGGAAGGGAGAAAGAGGGAAGAAGAGAUCGGCCAUUCCAGAAGGGGAGGAGAGGAGAUAACACGCUCGAGAAGGUGCAGGACAGAGAGCAUAACUGCCAGGGGGAAGCUUUAAGACCUCGCUACCGGUUAGCACAUCAGAGGCAGAGCCCGGAAGUCUACCUGUCCUGAGGACUUCAUGCUGUUGUGGAGUUUCCCUUCAAGAAUCUGAAGUUAGAAAGAGUUGAGAAGAGACGGUGUUUGAAGAAAUGAGGGCUGGAAACACCCCAGAGUUGGUGGAAGAUGUGAAUCCACAGCCAGUCACAGAGCCCUCUGUUCAACUCAUGGGUCCAGGGAAUAUUCUUCAGGGAGGACGGCGUGCCAAGCCAGGAAGUUUGAAAGAUUCACAGAGAGGAUUUCAUCUGGGAAACAGAGACAGUGACUGGAAAAUGAGCAUCACUGUUGAUCAAGACACAGACUAUGUUGAACUGGUUCUGUCUAUAGGAGAAAUCACACUUGGAGAGAAAAAUAGGAAUUCAAUGAAAGAUAGUCAACGGAGAAGAAAGGAGACCAAAAAUUUCUUACAGGCUGUGUGUACGCUGCUGAAUUCCGGAGGGGGCGUGGUCAAGGCUCGCAUUAAAAAUCAAGACUACAGCUUCACCCGAGAUGGAAUAGGACAGGAUUUGGUAAAUUCCUUACCUGGUAUCCUGAAACUUCCUCAUGAAUAUCUGGAUUACAUGCAGGACCAAGACUAUUUUUUCAUUUUUGUGAAAGCAUGGAAGCUGAAUCAGAAAGGUCCAGGGAUCACCACCUUGAAAACCAACCUGUACAGCAGAAGCAUCUCAUCCUCAAUUGAACUGAAAGCAGCUGAUACAGUGAAGUUCCUCAAAUCCAGGAAAUGUUCUAAAGGGAGAUCAGAUUCCAGACUGAGUUCACCUGGAACAAUUGACUGUAAUGAAGUACUAAAUGAAUGUCUUAACUUAUUUAACAGAGACUGUUUUGCCUAUAAAGAGACAUUCUGUUUCACUAAAGCCACACAUGCUGAAGUAAAACUGACUCCUAAGAAAAAGAUUUUAGAGAUCCUCCCUCAAACUGUUUCUUCAUUUGCAAACGCGGAUGGGGGAUAUUUGUUCACUGGUUUGGAUGGCAAAACCCAGGAAAUUAUUGGCUUUGAAGCAGAGAAGAGCGACCUUGUGCAUCUAGAGAGUGAAAUAGAAAAGUGCAUCCGACAGCUGCCUGUCACUCACUUCUGUGAGGAGAGGGAGAAGAUCAAGUACACGUGCAAAUUCAUGGAAGUGCACAAACCCGGAGCCGCGUGUUCAUACGUGUGUGCGCUCAGAGUGGAGAGAUUCUGCUGUGCAGUGUUCGCUGCAGAGCCCGAAUCCUGGCACGUGGAAGACAGCUGUGUGAAGAGGUUUACCGCAGAGGACUGGGUGAAACGCCAGAUGGAUGGCCCAGCAUUUAUAUCUGGAAAGGUGAUAAGCUCUCCAGAAGCCCUCUGCGGGAAACUGUUCUCACCACAGGAAGCGCAUGAGCAGUUGCUCUUGGCACAGUUGGGCUCACUUUGCGAAGAAACGCUGGUCAUCACUAAGAGAUGGGCUUUGGAUCUACCCUUGCAAGACAAGCAGGGAGUCAUCUUGGAUGUGCUUCAGAUUUCCCAGGACAGUCUUCUGACCCUGCAUGGCUUUGUCCUGGGAGGUGAAGACCUGGAGGAUGACAGCACUUUUCUGAGGGAACUAGGCGCUGAGUUAAAGGGCUAUUAUAAACAAACUGCCCUAACACUAAAGCAGACGCUGAUAAAUCUCAGUGGUUGCACUGGGAAAGUAGGCAUUACCACAAAGAUAACAUACUUGUGUCAUAAUAAGGCAGUGUCUCUUUAUGAUUCAAGCUCGAAAAUACACUAUCCCACAAAAUAUUAUCUGACAGCCAAGACAGUAACGGACUUGGAGAAGGCUUUGAGAAGUCUUAUGUAAUCCAUGUAACUGCUCCUUCUUUCUGAUAAAAUGCAUGGCACCUUUAAUGCACAGAAGGCACUCUAGCUAGAGAUCAGAACAAAGAAAAUUAUUUAUCAUGUUGUUCCCUAUGAGGUAUUGAUAGGUCGAUAUGAAGAUGGCAAUAUUAUUCAAUGUUGUUCAUUAACAGUCGAUGACAUUCAUGUCAUCGAGUUCUUUGUGCUGCUGAUUAACACCUGAAAGGGUAUUUACUGGAUUGUAAAUACCCUUUGAGGUGUUAAUACAUACGAGUAUUGUGCAUUAUUUGGAAAUGUUCUCUUUUAUAUCUACAUUUGUGAAUGAUUAAAUUUGUCAACCUUUG